AUGAAGACAAGUAUUACUGUUUUGGUUCUCAUUGGCGCUGUACUCUGCGACUAUCGCGGAUGGUAUGACCAUGAACGAAGAGGCGGACCAGAAAGAUGGGGAGGUGGUAGAGGUGGUCGCCACGAAGGAAGAGGUAGACCCCUACCACCGUACCUGCCACCCUACCUCAGAAAUGUGACCGCUGAUGCAGUGAGGAAAUAUUUCGGCAUUAUCUCUGACACCAACUUGACAUUAGCUGAACAAAAAGAAAAGAUCCUGGCGUGGGGAAAAGAAAAUGGAAUUUUGGCUCAAGUCGAAGAGUUCAACAGAAACAUGUCCAAUCUGAGGAAUGAUAUACUCAAGAAUGUUACUGAAUUUAUUUCCAAGUUGUCGAAUUUCUCGCAAAAGUUCUCAGAAGUCAUGGAGAACGAAAACCAGACUGCGGCUCAUCUUCGCGAAGCCAUCGUCAAAUUGAGAGGUGAAGAUCCACAGUUGUAUGCCGUUCUGAAAUUCACUGUACACCAAUUCAUGCCGAAACAUGGAAGAUGCGGAUCUAGGGGACGUGGAAUAUGGGGGAAACGAGGAGGCCCAAACAGAUUCGGAAGACCGGGAGGAUUAAGAGAAAGAGGAUUAGGAGGUGGAGUUGAAUUUGGAGGACAAGGAGCACGAGGUAGAGGAAGAUUCGGAGGACCAGAAGGUGAAAGAGAUCUCAGUGGACCACGAGGAUUCAGUAGGCAAGGAGAAUUUGGAGGUCGAGGAUUUGAAGGACAUGGAGUAAAUGGAGAUUCAAGCGGAUUUGGAGGAUUUGGAGGACCAAAGCGUGAAAAUGGUUUUGGACAAACAAGAGGUGAAACAGAUUUCGGAGGACCACGAAGGUACAGAAGGCAAGGAGGAUUUGGAGCUCGUGGAGGAUUUGGAGGUCGAGGAGGAUUUGGAGGUCGAGGAAGAUUUGAAGGAUAUGGAGUAACGGGAGACCCAUGCGUAUCCGGAGAAUUUGGAGGACCACGAACAUGA